AUGGUCCCCGGCGGGUUCCAGCCGCGCCUUCCGACUUCGCUGCCGCCCCCAGGGCAGCAGCAGCAGCCGUCGCCGCUACCACGCCGACAGCCCGUCCCGUUGAUGCCUCCCGCGCAGCUUCAUACGGGAGCGCCCCGGGUGGUCGCUCCGGCGCCUGCGGUCCCUCUUCAGUCGCCACCGCCUUCGGUGCUAAUGGACGUCGACCCCUCAGCCGGGCCGCCUUCCCAAGCGGUGGCUGUGCAGCCUGUACUGCAGCCGCUUUCCUUGGGCACCCCCAAGGAGUCUGACACCGCAGCGCCUUGUCCGGCGCCCACUCAGCAGCCGUCGACGCAGCGUCAGGAGACGCUGCCUCUCUUCGUGGGUCCCGACGCCCUGUCGCGUCCAGUACCAUAA